AUGGAUAUGGAGGAUCAAAAGCAGAUAAAUUUCACGUUUGAAGUAGAUAACUUUUUGGAGAAGGAAUCGAUGAUAUCAUCACCAAACUUCUUAAGCGGCGGCUGCGAAUGGUUUGUUAAUGUUCAUCCCAAAGGACACGAUUUUGAAGAUCACUUGUCUCUGUUCCUUUGCGUUGCGAAUCCUGAAACAUUACGACUUGGAUGGAAAAGACGAGCUAGUUUUUCCUUUGUUCUGUUGACUCAAUCAGGAAAAGAGCUCUGCAAACUAAAAGAAGAAUCGUGCAAGUUGUUCUGCGCUCAGUUCUCACGAUGUGGUUGGAAAAAGGCCGUGCCUCUUAAAAUGCUCCACGAAAAAGUGUGUGGGCUUUUCAAGAAGCACCCGGACAUUGCAACAAAUUUCAAACCAAAGAACCAACUAGUGAAGACUGCAUACAUGAAUAUCCUCCUUGGUCACAUCGAGGCAUUGGACAAACCUCCACAUAGCUUAUCCGAUGCUGAGCUAAGCAACGCUUACAGAGACUUGAUCGAGCUAACAGAAGCAGGCUUCAAGCUAGACUGGUUGAAGAAAAAGCUUUGUAAAGUUAUCAAGGAGAGGGAGAAAAAUGCUGAUGGGUUACGAGUCCAGGAACACAUCAAGACUCUCAACAUUAAGCUGAACCAGGAGAAGGUGAAAUCUGCUACUUCUGCUAAUAAAGAUUUUUCAAUGGAACAGACGAUGUGGAAUCACAAAGCUGAGCUGGACAAGGAGAAAGCCAAGUCUUCUACUUCUGCUGCUAAAGACUGGCUCGAGGACGUUGUUCACUCUUGGAAUAAGUGGAAACUAAGAGUGGGAUUUACUGAUCUUGGUUAUAAAAAAAUUGACUGA